UAAUGCCAUUGCGAAAGUAUCGACUCGUCUCGUCCGUGAGCAACAGCGGCACCAGCAUUGGUAGUAGUAGUGGUGGUAGUAUCAGUAACAGCGCCAACACCUACAGUGGCAGCUCCAGUAGCGGCACGUUCACCCUCACGUCCACCAUAACGACCCUGGCUAGUGCGGUCGGUGGCGCCAACCCGGUGGCGUCCAUCGGACAUCAUCACCACCAUCAUCUGCACCAUCAACAACAGGCGGCGCAACAGCAGCAGCAGCCACACUUACAGCUGCAAACGGCCAACGUGGCCGUACUUCAAUCACGUUCACGCCAACACCACCAGCAGCUUCACCAGCAACUCACCAACACCCACCAUUACCAUCACCAUCAUCACCACCAUCAUCAUCAGCAACAGCAGCAGCAGCAGCAGCAACAGUUACUACAGCAAGGAUCCGUCGGUACGGUGCAGGGACAAACGCGUCUAUCGACACAUUACACCACGCAUCAACAGCUUCAGCAUCAUCCACAGCAAGAACAGCAGCAUCAGCAGGCGGUUGCGCUUGGAACGCAUCAAACCCACCAUCACCACCAUCAGCCCGUGCCGGUGCAGAUCCUUCAGACUGUAUCGACGGCGGCGGCGGCGGCGGCACCGCCCAUCGUUGAUCCUCUGCCCCUCUGCCUCGACGCUAACGGGACAUAUCUCUGCACGUCCUACAAUCCACGGUGUUACAUCAUUCAAAAGCUCACUCCAACACCAGUCAGCUGCAUUACGUAUGAGGUAACACCUGUCGCAGCACCGCUCGUUGCUCAACCUACAGUACUGACCGCUUCCAACGUAUCAGCCACACCGGUGGCCACUGGUGGAGCGACCGUUCAAACGAUCACCAGCGUAGAUGAGUUGAUUACUAGCUACAAUAAAGCUACUUCCAUUCCGUUAAUAAGUACGGUGCCUGGUGCUGGAUUGGAGCUGACAACUGUAACACCUGACCAUACCAGCUGCGGUAGCAAUAUUGGUGCCACCGGUAACCAGCAUCAUCAUUACACCCUCGGUGGCGAUGAUGAAGCAGCAUCAUCAUCAUGCAUGGUGGUAGCUGAAACGGGGAAUCGUAAUUUUGGCAAAACGAAUAGCAACCCCGUUCAGGAUGUGAGUGUGGGCAGAAAACAGGAUAAGGACGCCACGAAUACUACUCGAAGAUCCGGAGCAAUCAUUCGUACUUUGAGUGAUCUUCAGGCUGUUUCAGGGAGUGAUACUCGAUCUACGGGUGCAUUAAGUGCUGGUACUGAAAUGCUUAGUACCAUAGAAACGAUCGGCACGUGUGUGGAUUUAGAUGCAAACGUGGCAAAGACCAGCAGUGAUUACGGCAGUAUUAGUUGUAUUCAUAGUGAAUGUGUUAUAUCUUGUGCCAAUGCAAUCGCGAAUCAGCAACACCACCCGUCUGGAGGUGAGAGUGCUCAUGGCAACAACGCCUCGGCAAAGACCAAAGGACAACGGAUAGGGCAACUGGCGGGCGGUAGCGGAUCCAUCGCUCCAAUUCUUGGACGUACUGAUGGCUUCGUGCUGAUGAAUGGUGGAGACAACACAACAGGCAAACUGUCCGCAAGCGUUUCGACAGCGAUUUAUUCAGCUCCCGGUGUGGGAGCGGUCGCCGCCACAGCCACCACCACACCGACAGCAUCAGCAAGCACAAUCAUAACCGGCGGAAUGUCCAGUAUGACGAUCGUACCCCAGUCGCAGCAGCAGCCGCUGCCUUCCCAGCAGCAACAAACAUCGCCAGUAGUACCGGUGGAUUACAGCACGCUGAACGGUACCGGUACCACCUCGGUCGGUGUUGCGAAUGAUACAUCUUCGGCUGCCGCCACACCGGAGUACUACGCCGAAGGAGGAUCCGCACCGACUGUUGGCAAUGCUACGACGAUGCAGACGCACGUUACCAAUGCUGCCGUGGCCGGCUCGGCAAACACUAGUAAUAAUAGUUAUAGCACUCCUGCCCUCGUCAGUAGCCAUCCGCCGAGCAGCAACAGCAACAAUAAUGGCGCCAGUAACAACAAUACGCAAUCAGCGAUGGGCGACGGUGGUGGUGGCGCGAUAGUCACCGCUACCGCCGGCACAAUCAUCGCCACCGACGUCGGUAAAGUGAUGUGGGGGGAUGGGGUGAUGGUGCCACCACCGUCGGUGCACAACAGUACUGGCGGCGGCGGCCACAUUGUAUCCAGUGAUAACAACAAUCCUACUAGUAGCAGUAGUAGUACCGAACACAACGGGAUGCCUUUAGAGCAGCUGAAGCAGCUGCUACAAACACAGCUUGAUUACUAUUUUUCGCGGGAAAAUCUUGCGAACGACACAUAUCUUCUGACACAAAUGGACAACGAUCAGUACGUGCCAAUCUGGACCAUUGCGAACUUCAAUCAAGUGAAGAAGCUUACCAAGGACAUCAAACUGAUAACGGAGGUGCUGCGCGAGUCGCCUAACGUACAGGUCGACGAGGAAGGCCUAAAGGUGCGCCCGAACCAUAAACGGUGUAUCGUGAUAUUGCGCGAAAUAUCGGACAACACGCCGGUCGAGGACGUUAAGAACAUUUUCCAAGGCGAAAAUUGUCCGCGCUUCAUUUCCUGUGAGUUUGCCCACAACAACUCUUGGUACAUAACGUUCGAAUCGGACGAAGACGCUCAGCGAGCGUUCCGGUAUUUGCGUGAGGAAGUAAAGGAAUUCCAGGGCAAGCCUAUCAUGGCACGAAUAAAGGCCAAGCCAAUGAACCGGUUACCGAUUACUCCGGUCGGCGGAGUACCGAUGAAGAACGGACUGAACGGUUUCAGGACGACACCACCACCGGGUACGGCUGUUGCGGCAACAGCCGUAGGCGGUGUCAUCCAGCCGACGGCAGCUUCGGCAGCGGCAGCAGCAGCUGCGGCAGCUGCAGCGGCGGCUGCAGGUGUAUCUACCGCGACAUACGAUCCGGUACAAACGGCAGCAGUAAAUGCCGCUACCUUAGCUGCUUACACCGGGGGACAGCGGUACAUACUGCAGCACAAUGCUCCGUUGCAGCAGGGUUACAAUCCUGCUGUUCAUGUGUUUCCAUUCCAACAACAACCACUGUACAGCAGUUUUGUGCCAUCGUGGCAGCCCGCCCAAGGCAACUAUUUCGAUAUGAGCCCGUACAUGACGAAUGGAAUGCAACCGGUGACGGUAUUUUCCACCGGCAGUAGUACGACGGCUAGCGGCGGAGGAGGCGGUGGCGCAGCCGGCGGUGGUAAGCAGCAGAACGGAAGGUACGGUGGUGUGCCGGGUGGUGGUGGCGGCGGCCACCGUCAAAAUCCUCGCAACAAACGCCAAUCACAGCAGCAGCAACAGCACGGAGGCCUUGCCAAUAACGAUGGUCAAUCGGUUACAACGAACAAUAGUGUCAGCGGUACAACCGGUGGCGUCGGUGGUGGUAUGCAUCGGCAACAAUCGUCGACCUAUCAGACGCAAAGCGCUGGUAGUGCUGGUGGCGUUACCUCCUCCACCGGAGUACAGUCGCAGGUGGCCACUAGCUAUCAGGCAUCUGCUGCCGGUGCAGGCAAAAGUGCUGGACUGCUCGGUGGAAAACCUGCCACGGCUGGUACGCCAGCUGGGAUGACGGCAAUACCGGGCACGGUAUUCGUACCUCAGUAUACGCACUACGUCGCUGCAACAUCGCUGCCGCAUCAGCAGCAGCAACAACUUUACAGUGGCAGUGGUGGUCAGCAGCAGCAGCAAACGGAUGGUGGAGCUAUGGAACUAAUCGUCCGGACCGAUAUGCAACAGCGACAGCAUUUGUACGAGGACGAUGGCACCGUAUCAUCGGUCGGUGCCAACACGGUACUGGUGCUGCCAGCCUAUGCUACAAGUGGCACAGGCGGCGGUGGUCGCAAGAAUUCCAACACCACGUCCAUCAUGUCAAUGGAUGGUUCGCAGCAGCAGCAGCAGCAGCAGCCACAGCAGCAACAAUCCUGGGUAACGAACCAACCGCGGCGGAAUCCUCGCCGAAGGAAGGAUGACAUGCUGAUGUCGAUGGAUGGCAGCAAUAGUGGUGUUGCUGCAAACGUUUCCGGCGGCGCCAUGUACGGUAGUACCGGUGGAAGCACCAGUAACAUGCGUCACAAUACGGCCUAUAGCAACAAUGGCGGUAACAAUAAUAGCAGCAACAACAACGGUGCAGCCAAUGUGAAUAAUACCAGUAGCAAUAAGGUUAUCAUGCAUACAACUAGUCUCAACCAAUUGACGCCUUCCACCGGGGGAGGAGGAGGAAGUGGUGGCGGAGGAAAGUACCAGGGCCGUGGGGGUGGUGGACGCGGCAGUGAUAAUAACGGAUAUGCUGUCGGUGGCAUGAUGGUAGUCCCCCAGGAUCAUCAUGGAGGAGGAGGAGGUGGUGGAUACCACUCGCACCAUCAAGGUCGGAAUGCGGCGGCUGUGAGCACAGCGGCGUCAUCUGGCGGUUUAAUCGAUUCAAGUCCUUCCUAUCAACAACAGCAUGGUGCAAGUGGCAGCGGCGGAGGAGGUGGUGGUGGUCAUAAUAAGCAGCAGCAAAUGCAGGAAAUGAUUCAUCAUCAGCAACAACAGUAUCACCAGCAUCAGCAACCUCAACAACCUCACCUUAGUCAUCAUCAACAAUCGCACCAUUCAACGUCCUCUGGUGCGAGCAAUCAUCAAUCGCAGCACAACAACAACAACAACCACGGCCAUCAUAAUCAACAGCAGGGAGCUGGACAGUCGCAGUCUCAGCAUCAUCAUCAACAGCAGCAUCACCAAGUGUUGCAGCAACAAUCUUCUCACCAAGUACAUACGCAACAACAAUCCCAGGCCUCCGCGGCGUCUCACCAUCCUCAUCAUUAUCAGCAACAGCAGCAACAACAACAUCAACACCAUCAACAAUCGGCCGCCGGAGGUUCGUUGACGAACAGCAGUAGUGCAGCCACCGCCAGCUCUAACAGCACUAACAACAACGCCACGAACGCCUCCUCCCACAGCAGUACCAGUGUUCAGUUCGAUCUCGAACCAGCGGCAUUUCCGCCACUUCCGGGCCACGAAGGGCGCAGUCUCAUCUCGACCGGAACGUCGAUCGGUGGUGGGUCUGCAACCGGAAGCAACGCCUCUACAGGUACGGGAGGACGCUCGGGUUCCAAGGGAGGCGGAUCGAGUUCCGCUUCUUCCUCUCACAGCCAAACGGCGUCCCAUCCGCAUCCUGCCGGUGUUGUUGUCCCAGUGAAUGCUUCCGGUGGAAGUUCCAGUGCCAGUUCCUCCUCUGCUGUUGCCCAUCGGAGUGAUGGGACGGUGGACGGAGGACUUUCAUCUAGUGUGGUGGCCAGCACAACCACAAGUUCCGCAGUGUCCGGUGGUGCAGGAGGAGUGCCAUUUACCGCCGGCACCGCACCACCACCACCGCCCGUCGUAUCGGCCUGGGGUGAAAAUCAUCGGCUAGCGGAUGUUGUCAAGGGUACGGCGAAAGCUGUCCGCCCAACAGCAGUGGUUGGUUCGGCAACGGUGGCCGCAAUAGUGGCCGGCACUGCCACCGUACCGGUUGUGUCUGCCAACAGUAGUAGCAGCAGCAUCGAGCUUAGUAAGAAUAGUCUGGCGAUGGAGACAAAAUCCAACGAAUCCGGUCCAACGACGAAUGGCGGCGGCGGCGGCGCUUCUGGUGCAAGCGGAAACAACACCAAUCCGCACCAGAAUAAUCAACUACCUGUGAUAAAGGGCAGCACGAAUGCCUCAACGAACGGCGGUGGUGGUGUUGGCAGUCAAACUGCUGCUUCCGCCUCGUCCUCUUCCCCGUCGUCCGCUGCGACACCUUCGGUUGCCAAUGCCGCGGUUCCAACAACCACUGCUAACGCUAGCGCCAUCACCGCUGCCGCUACUACUACUACAGCUGAUAAAUCUACAAAGACUGACGUAUCGUUGUUGCAAAUGGCGCCCGCGUCAACGGUGACCCGAGCUACUUCCACCACUACCACCACGCUAGACAACGCUAGUGGUGGAUCGUCGUUCGCCAAGGGCGAACCGGCGACCACCGUUCCUUCCGCGCCCACAACGGCCAAUGCUGCCACAAUGACAUCGACUGAUUUCACUACCAAAUCCUCCGUUACGUCGUCUGCCGCCAUCGCCGGAUCGGCGAAAAAAUCAACCUCAACGGCUGCCACCAAUACCGUUCUGCAUGCCACAAAAUUGUCGGCAGUCCAACCACCCCCACCACCACCGACCUUUUCAUUGCAAAACCACCCGCCGUUAGUUCCGCACGAUAGUAGUAGCAGUAGUAGUAGCAGUGCUGCUGCUGCAACUACUACGGGUAACAGCGCUACUGUUGCCACGCCUCAGGUACGGUUAAGCUACGCCCAAGUAGCACAACACUUAGCUGAACAAAGCAGCAGGGACAAAGAACAGCAGCACAGUCACGGCGAAAAGGCGUUAGGUAGCAUCAUCAACACCACUACUCCAGCAGCAUCUUCGUCGGGUGGAGCGUUAGAGAAAGAGAACAGCAGUAGUGCAACAACGGGCACGGGCAGUUCUUCGUCGGUCUCAGAGAAUAGCCCGUCGGUGUCUGCAGCGACGACGGCACCAUCGUCCAUCACUGGAGCUACCGUUGCGCACGGUACUACCGGUGGUGGUACGGGUAGUGCAGCAGGGUCGGCGAGUAACAACAACUCCGGUGGCUUCAUUGGAGUUGGAAGCAAGCGCAAAGAUUCUGGCGGCUCGAAAGGGUCAACUGGGACGGGAGCGCACCAUCACCACCAUGGAGAUGGCUUUCGAGAACAACGAGAUACACGCUACAAUCAGCAACAUGGUGCAGGUGGAAACACCAACGCACGCAACUCCAAAGAUUACCGUCAGUCUUCCGGUGGUGGCGGCGGCCACACCAACGCCGUCGGAUCUUCCCUCCAUUCCGGUGCCGGAGGUGGUGGUGGUGGGCUAAGAAAUGCCACCUCAGAGCAAAACAAUAAUCACAAUCACGCGCAGUCACAGCAUCACCAAGGAGGAGGAGGAAGUGGUCGAAGUACCGGAAAUAAUAAUAACCACCACAACAACAACAUCAACAAUGCCGGCGGAGGAGGUACUGCAAAGUCACUUGCUGCUGGGGGUGGUGGUGGUGGCCGAUCGGUACGCUCCCACCAGCUCAAGGACUACCAACCGCACCAGCAGCAGCAGCAAACCCACCACCAGACACAUCCGCGCAGUCCUAAAUGAUGGCGCUUAAUAUGGAU